CUCCCUCUUUCUGCUCCAUGUAAACAAAUACAAACUGGGCAUGCGUCACCUGAAUAAUGGAGGACAGUCUUCUUCACUCGGACUAAUGAUGGCUGUGUUUCUACUCUACUAUCUGUGACCUACGAAAUGAGAUAAGUCGUGGACAUUAUCCGUGCGUGGGUGGGAUCCAACUAUCAAGACAAGAUGACCACAGACACUCAAAACAUUGUCAAGGUGAUGACAUUCACGCCCUCUAAUGGGGACUUCAAAGACUUCAGCCGAUACAUCGCCUACAUGGAGUCACAAGGAGCACACAGAGCUGGAAUGGCAGUGGUUAUUCCACCCAAAGGUUGGAAACCCAGGCGAACCUAUGAUGACAUUGACGACCUGGUCAUGCCUGCUCCCAUUCAGCAGGUGGUGACGGGUCAGUCCGGGCUGUUCACACAGUACAACAUCCAGAAGAAACCAAUGACUGUCCACGACUUUCGCAAAACCUCCAACAUGGACAAGUUCUGUAUUCCCAGAUAUGUGGAUUUUGAUGAGCUGGAGAGGAAGUUCUGGAAGAAUCUUACAUUCAAUCCACCUCUUUAUGGAGCUGAUGUCAGUGGAACGCUGUACGAUUCAGAAGUGACUGAAUGGAACAUUGGUCGCCUCAACACCAUUCUCGAUUCCAUGGAGAGUGAGAGUGGGAUUAAAAUUAAAGGAGUUAACUCACCCUGCCUGUUCUUUGGGAUGUGGAAGAGCGCGUUUCCAUGGCACACCGAGGACAUGGACCUGUACGGCAUUAACUACCUGCACUUUGGAGAGCCCACCUCCUGGUAUGUUGUUCCUCCAGAGCAUGGUAAAAGACUGGAGCGAAUUGCCAAAGGUUUUUUCCCAGGAAACAACCAGAGCUGUGAAGCCUUCCUACGUCACAAGAUGACAUUAAUUUCACCGUCCAUCCUGAAAAAAUAUGGAAUACCAUACGAGAAGGUCAUUCAGGAGGAAGGGCAGUUCAUUGUCACCUUUCCUUACGCUUAUCACGCUGGUUUUAACCAUGGAUUCAACUGUGCUGAGUCCACCAACUUUGCCACUCAGCGAUGGAUUGAUUAUGGCAAAAAUGCAACCCUGUGUACUUGUCGUCAGGACACGGUGAAAAUCCCAAUGGACGUGUUUGUACGCAAGUUUCAGCCUGACAGAUACAAGUUAUGGAAAGCUGGUGAAGAUAAAACAACCAUAGAUCACAGCAAAGCAACACCAGAGGCAGCAGAGUUCCUGAAGGAAGACCAGACGGAAUCUGUACAAGACAAACCGAGUAAAGAUGGAUCUGAGGAAACCACUGGUUCUGUCAAGGAUGAAAAAAGCCAAAGACCUCGGGCUGCAAAGAAGCAUAAGCUUGAAGUAGCUGAAAAUGUCAAAAGUGAACCGCUGGUGAAGGUGACUGAGGAUGUGGAGCCUAAGAGGUUCAAGCUCUCGCACAAAGAGUCUCCAGCUAAAGUUCCCGUCAAGACCGAUAAAGACUCAGUUAGUGUCAAGGUGGAGCCUAAGAAGGAAAAAGACAACAAGCAGCAGAUGAAAUCCCCAACCAAAGCCACAACAAAGAAGACUACAAACAGAAGAAGCCCAACAAAAAAAGAGAAGAGCACAGAGUCUCCUGCAGACGUCUGUCCUCCUGAUCCCGUGAAGAACCAGGCCACGGAUCUGUCCCCUGAGGAGGUCAAAACUGACGAGCCUCGACUGGACAGCAGCUCCAUUCCAGCAAACAAGGCAUUUCAGAGGACACUGAGUCCAGCAGACGUCCUGCACGUCCACAGCUAUGCCAAAGGAGACUACGCAGAAGAAGAAGUUCCAACAAAGGAGGAGAAGAACGGAGAGCGCACCGAUAAUGGCACAGAGGCAGACAGCAAAACACAGGUGGCAGAAGAGACCGCUAAAAAUAAAGCACCGCAGCCUCAGAGUGACCUGGGGCAGCUGCCAGGUCAUCAUCCACUGAUAAAGGACGGCAUCAGUGACGAUGAGGCUGCAGAAGAGACUCCUCCAGUGGAGGAAGGCGGUCCAGAAGGAGAAAACUGGGCCAAACCUCUGGCUCACCUGUGGCAGAGCAGACCUCACAACCUGAAGAAGGAGAAAGAAUACAACCAACGGAUCGGCUCCAAACCUCCAUACUGCUCUAUCUGCCUGUUGUUCCACACGUACCAGCAGACUGAGCGUGCCAAAACCAGCAGCAGUUCCAUCAUGAAGCCUGGCGGCGGUAUGCGGACCAAACCUCUGAUCCCAGAGAUGUGUUUCACCACCACCACUGAAGAAGAUUCGGAGAGCGAGCAGCAGAGUGUGACGCCUCACCUGGAGGAAGAUGGGACCAGCCUCCUCAUCAGCUGCUCUCAGUGCAGCGUCAGGGUUCACACCAGCUGUUACGGUGUAGAUCCAAGAAGUGUGAGCAAGGAGUGGAAAUGUGCUCGCUGUAAAGCUAACGCCAUGACUGAGAACUGUUGCCUGUGUUCACUAAGAGGUGGAGCCUUACAGAAAGCCAACAACAACAAGUGGGUCCAUGUACUGUGUGCAGUAGCUGUGCUGGAAGCCCGUUUUGUGAACAUCACUGAAAGAAGUCCUGUGGAUUUAAGUGGAAUUCCGCUGCAGAGAUUCAAACUCAAAUGUUACUACUGUAAGAAGCGGAUGAAGAAGGCGUCCGGCUGCUGCGUACAAUGUUCUCACGGCCGUUGUCCCACGGCUUACCACCCCACCUGUGCACAGGCAGCUGGAGUUCUCAUGCAACCUGAUGAGUGGCCCUUUGUGGUCCACGUCACGUGCUGUCGACACAAAGGCCCCACGCAGAUUGAGCGAAACAAAGCAGCCAUGCACGAGCUAACGGUGGGUCAGAAGGUCAUAUGUAAGCACAAGAACGGCCGCUACUACCAGUGUGACGUGGUGAAGUUGUCCAAGGAGACAUUUUAUGAAGUCAACUUCGAUGACGGCUCCUUCAGCGACAAUCUUUUUCCUGAAGACAUCGUGAGCAGAGACUGUGCUCAGCUCGGACCCCCGCCCCAGGGGGAUGUGGUUCAGGUGCGGUGGACGGACGGACUGGUCUAUGGGGCCAAAUUUGUGUCAGCUCAUGUCGUCCAAAUGUACCUGGUAGAGUUUGAGGACGGGUCACAGCUCACAGCCAAGAGGGACGAUGUUUACACUCUGGACGAGGAGUUGCCAAAGAGAGUCAAGUCCAGACUGUCCAAAGCUUCAGACAUGAGAUUUGAUGGAAUCUUCGAAGAGAAGGAGAUCAUCCAGGAGUCAAAGAGACAGAGAGUGAUCAACUCACGUUACAGAGGGGACUACAUUGAGCCUGUGAUCUACAGAACCAUCAUGGAGUAAAAUGAUAAACCUUCACUUUCUGUCCGCUCACACACACACACAGAGAGAGAGAGAGAGAGAGAGAGAGAGACAGACAAACAGACCACCAGCACUGACGGACUGAACUUUAACCUUAGCAGCUAAUGACUGAGAGAGAGAGUGUAGCUCCUCCAGACUUCCUUGCAGACACACGUUGGACUGUUCUCUACUUUUUAAUCUCACUUGUCUGUUUUUAUUAAGUCAAAUAUAAUCCUGUCAAAAACAAAAUAACCUUUCUUUGUUACUAUGUAUUUAAUUAGCAGAUGUUUAUGUUUUAUAGAACUCCACUCACACAGUACAGUAUGUAACAGUAGGAUGAUGCAUCAAGACACCAUUUUUAAAAAUAACAAACAACUUAAAUUUGAAGUGAAUACUGUUUGAUUUCACCAGUUGAGCAUAAAACCAAGAUGAAAUGAGAUUUUUUUUUUGUCACUUAACUCUUGUCCUGCUGCCAUUAGUGCCUGUCACGAGAAGUCAGACAGGUAUCAGAUCAGAGUGAUGACUUAUUUGUACUCUUCCUAUUUAAUUGUUAGGAACUCAGGUAGGAAAAGCCAUUUAUAGUGUCCACUUUAUUAAUAAAGACAUGUAGAAACAAUACGGUACAAAUGAAUUACGUUUAAAGUAACAAAAAAGCUGCAAAGAUGCACAUAAUCCCACUAAAUAAUUUUUUUGGGGGUGUAACAACUCACAGUGGCCCAAAAUCUAAUGAAGCCAAAUGUGUUUUCUAAAGACUUAUCCCCUCUGAGUUUCACCUUUAAGGUGUUUAUAUAAGGUCAAUAUAUAUUUGUACACCACAUCGAAAUCACUAAUUACUACACCAGUUUUUAAGUAGAUUGCCAGGAAACCAAAAAAGGAAGAUUUAAUGCUAACCAUGGUUUUUACAGGACAUGUACAUACAUUUUAGAGUCAUCUGCAUAAUGGUGGAACGAGAAGACAAGUUAAAUUUUCCCCCAGUUUCCUUCACUAUAGUUCUUAAACCUGGGGUCUACAUUUUUUAACUAGAAUAUUAUAAUUUGCUAUGCUGGACUAAUCCAACCCAACCCACCCCCAGCAUCCCAGGUUGACAGAACAGUGGCAGUGAUUGGAUGAUGUGUAUUCAAACAUAGGAAGGACAUCCCUAUAAUAAGGAGACCUGUUCUGAAAAUCUAACCAUUGACUGCAUUCCUUUACAGUUAGUUGCGUGGUAGCUUUUAUAUCUUGACUUACAUUUGACAAGCUAUUUAUUACUAAAAGUGCUUUAAGAAAGACAAUGAUAUUGCAGAGGUUGAGCUUGACGUUGUAUGUUCUAUUUUUACUACAGUACAUAGAAGAAUUUAAAUGUCAGGUUUGUAAUUAACAUUUAUUUUUUACACCACUGAAUAUGUACGCUUUGCCCUUUGACGUUUUAAUUUAAGUCCCAGUUUUACAGACACAGAAACAUGGUUGAUGAAAACGUCGGUUCCAUGUUUCUGGUGCGAUUUAAUAAAGGUCUUAAAAUAUACAUUUCCCUCUAUCCUCCUUAAGUUGCACUUGUUUAGAAAACAUUGUCAUGAUGUCCUUCACCCGUCAACUCAUCGUCACAGGCAGAUGAAGGACCAGCUGAGAUGAUCUGCCUUUGUCACUCUGUUGGAUGAAGAAUCUCUUUUGUUCAUUAGGUUUCAGUGAAGUCGUGACAUGGAGGAUUUUCUAUGUUGUUUUAUUUUGUAAAGACGUGUUGUUUAUGUAUUUUCACAGAAAACUGUGGCAUGUGACCGUCAUGUCAUCUGUUAUCACAUUGUUACCUGCUUUACUGCUCUGAUACCACUCCUGUAGAGAAAUGACUCGAUUACAGAUUAUCCUUCGAGCGUUUAUGUAGUCUUGAGAGUUUGUUUGAGUAAAGCUAUUUGCAUCA